GAAUAAUUUAUUCAAUAAUUUAUUGUCAUUGCUAUCAACAGGUAAUUCACUGGGCCAACUAGUGCAACAAUUUCAGAUGGCUCUAUACCAUCAUGCCCUCAGUAGUGAAGCUCCAUUAUAUGAGCCAGCAGCAAUGAAAGCGUUCACACAAAAACACUCUCCAGGUCUGUUUGAAAUGCUUUUAAGUUCAAUAACAAGGGAGGACUCCAGACUCUCAGAUGAACAUCAAGCUGUACAGGAGCAAAGAACUGUUGUUCUCCUUCACACACUGGCAUAUUUCAGGUCUCAGAAAACUUCCACCCUACAAAAGAAUGAAGGGCUAUUCCUACAACAUCAUGGUGCUUCUAGGACAGCAAUCAAUUCAGGAAGGAUACUUGGUUUCAGUACAAGUCCUAGAAAUAUUGAUUCUCACAAGAAAGCACUAAUAACAAAAUAUCCAGACAUACUGAUGAGAAAGGUUAUCCUGGCAACAGAGAAAGGAUUCCUAAUUGUACAACUGUUGGAUGACUUCCAUAAUAUUUUGACUGUUAGACUACCAACAAAUCUGAAGCUAUCAUUAGCUACGCACAUGGCUAGUGGCCUACUGGACAUCCAUCCUUCAAUUCCUGCUGUUCCUAUUCCUACAAGAGAUACAAGACACAGCCGAGUGAUUGUGAAGAUAGGGAAUGAAAAUAAAAUUUGCAGAGGAGGAAUUGUUCUAGACUACAUAAAAGAGUUGUUUCAAGGACCAGUGUUAUCAAGAAUGUACUUGGAAACAAAUCACCAAUGCAUUUCACCAAAAUACAUCCAACAACAACUAAAGGAAUUGAGGGUCUAUUCUGGGUUGUCGCACGAUGAGCUCUGUACCCUUGAGUCUACUAAUUUAAUAGAUGAGUUUGAGCAAUCUUUGAAAAGUAUGGAGGACUAUAAAUCAGCCAUUGAUCACAUAUUCCUGUGCUGUCCACAACUGGAACAUUACUUGAAAAAAUUUGUAGUACCAGCACCCGGGGACUGGCCAACUUGGUUUUAUCAAAAGAAACUCAUUGCUCAAGAAGUCAAUGCAGAUGCCAGUUUCCUAUCAGUCAUCCCAGAGCAGGGCCCAUUUCAUGUUUUCCUGAAUCUACAAGAAGAUGUUGUAACAAUUUAUGACUUCUUAUUUAAAAAAGUGUACAAAGAGACAUUUGGGUCUGACUUACCCAACAAGCCAAAGCCUUUUCGCAUCAGCCUGGUAAUAACUGCUGUUUUUCUGGCGUGGGGCAAAUUACGUGAUAAAGUUCUACUAAAAUUCAAGCUCUGCAAAGACAUAGAGUAUGCUUCCAUUCUGUUUCUUUUAGAUGAGGUGGUUCCCAUAUCAUUCUUCCACUAUCCUGUUACAUUCAGGUCUGGAGACAUGGAAUCAUAUAUAACAAUGAUGUUAAAGUUAUCUCUACUGUUUAUUAUCUGGAAAAGGCAUCAUUAUGACAGAUCAACACUCGAUGCUUAGUGACUUUUCUUUUCACAAACAACAUUUUUCACAGUACCAUGAACUUAAAAAGAAAUGGAUGGCUCUAAUAACUGAAAAGAAAGUUGAAAUCUGGCAUAGUGUGCUACGCAGCUUCAUUUCAAGUUAUGACAGUGCUAGUCAAAUUAGGGACAAAGCCCUGUCAUUUGCUGCAUCAAAGACAGAACAGCUCUUUCAUAACUAUUUAACAACACCAUACAGUAGAGGUUAUUCUGAAAAAGACCUAAGUUUGGUGACUGGUACAGCUGCUGAUGCAUUACUGAAAAUCAUCAAGCAAGUUGGUCAAAAUCUGGGAAAAGCAAAGCAGGUUCCACAAGAAACAAAUGCAAGAGGGCAGCCUAAAGGAGACAUGAAAUUUUUUCUUCCUACCUUUGACACCACCAUUACUUCAAAAGCAAUGCCCAUUUGUAAAAGAAGACCCUUCCACAAUACCUGAUCCUAAAUUAAUCUGUGACUACAAAAACUGCACGCAAUUAUCAACAACCAAUGUCAAUGGCCUUAACUGUUUUCACACAUUUCACAAUUUUUGUUUAGAAGAAGCUGGAGACCAGUGUCCAAUCUGUUCCCCUCACCUUGCUGAAAAAAUUGCAGAAAUCUGUUCAGCAUUUAAUGGAAGCUUGUUGAAACCAACAGCAAAAUCUACUAGAACCCCACAAAGCAAUCAAGAACCUGGUAGUAAUGAUGAGAAUGACAGCAUUAAUGUCAAAAGAAAUUGUGACCCUGAAUACUAUGACUCUGCACAAUGGGAAUCCCACAUUGACAGGGAGUUAAAUUCAUUUGUUGUUGCACAACCACAACUGCGACACAAUGUUCCCAAUCACCAGGCUGCACCUUUACAGGCAAUUGACAUCCAAGUUACCACUCAUCCAGUUGGUUCAUCUACAUUUUGGUUCUUUCCUCCUUACAUAUCUCAGUCAACUCUACUUGGAAGAAAUGGCUCUAAUGCAUGUACUUUUAUCUCACUAAUUUUGGCCCAUUCAUAUAUCACUUCUGCAAACCGAACCAGUAUACAGCUCAGCCGUGGUCCUCCCAUAAACCCUCAUUGGCUUUCAAUGAUGUUAUCUGCAAUUGUUCGUGGCAACAGCAUAUAUGACACUGUGACAAAUGGUUACGGGUCUCCAUUCUUUAGUGUUGUUAAGGCAAAACCACAUCUAGAUUCAGUCAUUGGGACUGUUUCUCUUGAAGACACUCUCGAUCUGUCAAUUACAUCAGCUAAUCCACAGGUUCCUCAAAGUUCACUUGCAUUUUAUCUGCAAAGGCUUGAUCGCGAACAGAACUUAGCAGCAAUAGUCAUAGCUAAUGGAAUGACAAUAUCUCUCGUCGGACACGAUUCAAAGAUCUAUGUUCUAGAUAGCCAUCUACACUAUGCACACGGCCAUAACUUUGGAGCGAUGAUCGGAAUGAGUCCCAAGGCUGACUUGGAAGAAUUCCUCAGGAA